UUUAGUCAAUUAUCUUUGGAACGGAAGGAAAUAUCUGCCUUCCAAGUUGAACGUCAAAUCUUUUUGUUAUCUACCACAAUGGCGUCUGGAACUCUGUACGCCUAUCGUGAAAAUUUUCGAGCCGUGAAGGUGCUGGUUGCUGCACAGUAUUCAGGUGCCAAUGUGAAACUAGCACCGGAUUUCAUUUUCGGCGAGACAAAUAAGACUGAAGCAUUCUUGAAAAAGUUUCCGUUGGGAAAGGUCCCUGCUUUUGAGACUGCAGAUGGAAAAUGUUUGACUGAGAGUAAUGCCAUUGCUUACUAUGUGUCGAGUCCCCAGCUGCGAGGGGAGACGGAGCUGGACAAGGCCCAGGUGCUGCAGUGGAUGUGCUUCGCCGACAAUGAGAUCCUGCCAGCCUCCUGCACGUGGGUGUUUCCCGUGCUCAGCAUCAUGCCCUACAACAAGCAGGCAACAGAUCGAGCGAAGGAGGAUAUCAAGACAGCCUUGAGCGUCCUGAAUGACUAUCUGUUGCCCAGGACCUUCCUAGUAGGCGAGCGAGUCACCCUCGCUGACAUCUGUCUGGCCGCUACCUUGCUUCAGCUCUAUCAGUAUGUGCUGGAACCAUCCUUCAGGAAACCAUACCAGAAUGUCAACAGAUGGUUUACAACUCUUGUUAAUCAGCCACAGAUGAAGUCUGUAAUUGGAGAAUUCAAACUUUGUGAGAAGGCUGGUGAAUUUGACCCCAAGAAAUAUGCUGAGUUUAAAAAUACGACGAAGGAAGCUGGUAGUGGUUUAACAAGUGCAAAGAAAGAGAAGAAAGUGGAGAAGAAGAAAGAUGAUAAGCCAGCACAAGAAGAGGCUGAGGAGAUUGAUGCUACAGAGCUAGCUUUGGCAGCUGAGCCGAAAAGUAAGGAUCCACUUGACCUGUUGCCCAAAGGGUCAUUUGUCAUGGAUGAUUUUAAACGCUGUUACUCUAAUGAAGAUGAGUCCAAAUCCAUACCUUACUUUUGGGAAAAAUUUGAUCCUGAGAAUUAUUCAAUAUGGUUAGGAGAAUACAAGUACAACGAUGAGCUGCAGAAAGUCUUCAUGAGCUGCAACCUUAUAUCAGGCAUGUACCAGAGGUUAGACAAAAUGCGAAAAAAUGCAUUUGCUUCAGUGUGCUUGUUUGGUACAGAUAAUGAUAGCUCGAUAUCUGGUAUAUGGAUAUGGAGGGGACAUGAUUUGGCAUUUGAGCUGAGCCCCGACUGGCAGGUUGACUAUGAAUCGUAUCAGUGGACAAAGCUGGACCCCAAGAAAGAAGAAACAAAGCAGAUGGUGAAUCGCUACCUUUCAUGGUCUGGCACAGACAAGCAAGGACGAAAGUUCAAUCAAGGGAAGAUAUUUAAGUAGUGAAUGAAGCGUGAACUGAUUUUGAAUGCAUGGCCUUUUUCACCAUUAUCCAUCCUAUUGAUAUUGUUCAACUUGAAGCUUUAUUUUUAUACGUAUUUGUUUUCGAGAAAACUUUUUUAUGGCUAUUCCAGUUACAAGAGAUUCUGGUCAUUAUUUUAUUCUAAUUGGUUGAUUAUAAUUAUAUCCUAUUUCCAAAAAUAAUUUUUACAACAUAUUCUUGGUGUGUAACCUAAUGUCAUUGCCUGUUUUUGAAGGAGAAUAUUGUGAUUGCAUAUAUAAUCUCUUAUGUAGAGAUGUGUGUAUUGCUUUUACAGAAAUGUUUGUGGUGAAAUGAACAUAUUAAAUAGGUCUGAAAAUAUCCCAA